UAAACAAAUUAAAGCAUGGCUAACAGUGAUCGUGCCACAGAAUCCUUAAAGGAAUAUCUCACAGAUCUGGUGGUGCCACAUCAUCGCUGCAAUGUGAACAUCAUAAGCGAUCACAUAACCAUGCUACAUGGAAACAAAAGCAAAAAGCAGCUUAGCCGCAAAAAGCGCGCCCACAAAUCCGCAACAUUAACCCGUAAGGAGUACGCCGCACUGGGUUUAAAUACGCUGCCCACACGCCAAAUGCGUUACGAACAGGCGCUGCCCUUGCAUAAACUCUGGCGUGGCUAUAUACGUGAGCACCUGGAGCUGCAGCCGGGAGACCAAGUGCCACAGUUGCAUGAACAAAGAUAUGAGGAAUUUAGUCGUCAGCUGGUCAAAAUUGAUUUACAUGGUGCCAAGCUGCGUGUACUGCAAUCCAAGUGCCCUACACUUAUAGGACUUGCUGGCAUUUGCGUCAUGGACACAAAGAAUGUGCUGAAGCUGCUGGGCGAGGAUCAUCGCAUACGCACAGUGCCCAAGAGUGAGUGUGUCUUUAGUAUGCACGUUGGCAACAUGGAGUUUACAAUAUUCGGGCAGCAUCUCAACAUGCGUCCAGCAGAGCGAAGUGUGAAGAAAAUUAAAAGCUUUGUCGAGCCUUUUAUGUAGUUUCAAAAUGAAUAUGUAAAUUUAGAUUUAAAGCCCCCUAUGCAGGGCCACGUUUAUUAUAAAUAAGUGAAGGUUAUA